CCAAUCAUAAGAAAAUUUUUGCGCGAAAGUUUGGCGCUUUUAAAGAUUCUUGCCCGUUUCGAGACGAAAGCCUCGUGUUUUAUAUUAAAAUUUGUGCCAAAUCAUUUGGUGUUGUUGUCUUCGUACAAGGUAUGAUAUUUUUUAUUUAAUAUUGUGUGAAUAAUGUAAAAUUAAGUCUCAGGAAUCGGUCAAAAAUAUAUUAGAACACAUAUCGAACACUUUUAUAUGCCAUGCCUAAAAAGUUCAAAGUUGUUUAAUUUCAACAUCAAAUAUAUGUUCACGAAUAUAUUCGUACUUGUAAUAAUAUAAUCUCUAGCGGUUUAUAGCGAAUUAUGUUAUAGUCUGAUAUUUUAUAUUAUUAUAACGAUCUUGUAUACAUGAGAAAUAGAUGUAUUGGCAGAAAAUGAUGUAUUUCUUUCAAUUGAUGUAUUAAUUUUCCCCACGAAUGACAUAUGCGAAUUCCAUGCACAGUCAACACAAUCAUAACCUUUAACUACUUUAUGGUCAUUAACCCAUUGGAUCAUUCCAGAAGACAUCCAUACCACCCCCACAGAGGAAAUUGGAAGUUAACCCCCCUACCCCUUUCGGAUGUCCUAAUACAUUUACUAUUAUCAAAAACAAUUUUGUCUCCCCUCCCCCUCCGGAUGGCAGAAAUUUCCUCCGUGGGGGGCAUGUGGAUCUUUUCUGGAACGACCCAUUAAAUGCCAGUGCUCUCCCCUUCACAAGGAAAAUCCACAGCCAGCGAGAAGGGGGCAAAAUACCUGGGCCCUGGAGUGCUCAGAGGGGCCCGGAAAUCUCGGUCAAAUGUUCAUAUUGUGUCCCAUCACUUUAUGUUCGACCUAAAUGAAAUAUGCCUACUUGCACAGUAGCAAAUGUGAAAUAAACAAUUUUUUGAUCGUUUUUCUGCAAAAACAGUUAGCCAAACAUUGUUUACAUCGCGUCUUUAUCAGUUAUGAGAUGAAAUGAGGUAUUUACCUGUAUUGAACAAAUUUAUUGUACGUCCAUCUGCUGGUAUGGUACACGCAUGCACACCACACAUGCCAUCGGCACUGACAUUCUCCAGCGAUUUCUUGUCUCAUUGAUUGCGAUUAAAAGAUAAACUUUGGUGUGGCCAUCAGCAUGAGAGUCUAGAGGGACGGGGGGCCGUAUUCACCAAUUUGUCCCGGAGCCCGCGGUUGCCUGUCGCCGGCCUUGGUAAAAUCGUCCGGUGUUAGACAGAGUAAAAUAAUAAAGAAGGGCACAUCACUCAUUAGAAUAGAAAUGUUAUCAACUCUGCAGAUGAACUUCAGUCGAAGUAGUGCUUCAGUAAAUUGAAACUACAUCCCACCCCCGGGACACAGCAGGGAAUUUAAUGCUAAGGCCAAAAAAAAAUAUGUGGGUUUCCGGUUUCUUCUUAUAAAAACUUAGGUAGGGUAGGUCGGUUUUAACUUCUUUUUUUUAACUUUUUUUUUACUUUUCCGAAUAAGCGGACACCAUUUUGUUUGCCAGUGCUUCCACAUCCAACGAUAAAUUUCCCUAAUAUUUCCUCAAAUUUCAAUUUUCCACAAACUUUUUCCUCUAAGUGGAAACACUUACAAGCAUGAUCCAAUAAAAAAGUUUAGGGUCGGGAUUUCGACGUCCAAAAGCUAGGUAGGGUCGGGAAACCGGAAACCCACAUAUUUUUUUUUGGCAUAACCAAGUGUUAAAAAUUAUUAAUUCCCCUGCCCCUGGGCAAACUGGUCUAUUAAAACUGAUGUACAGCUGGGCUUCAGUAUACCUAAACUAUUAUACAAGACAAAUUCUGCAUCAUGGAUGCAUUUGAGCACAAGCGGCCCAGACAUGGGUAGAGUCAUAUUCGUAUCAGUGUAUAGUAAAUAUAUAAUUAAUAUAGAAUAUACUACGUGCAGUAAAAUUUGAAAUGAAUUUUAUAUUUUAACCCAUUAAGCGCCAGCACUCUCCCCUUCACAAGUAAAAUCGUCCAGCGUUAGCAGGUUUUUUUUCAGAAUUUUCUCUUGGGUCCGUUUUGGCAGAGAAGAUUGAGUUUAGCUGAACAGCUGGGGUGGCUGCACCCCCCCCCCCCUACCGGGGGGCUGACACUUGUGCUCAAUAAAUGUAGUUGAGAUGGAAUGUGUUAAAGCAGGGGCACUAAGGGACACUAUAAGCUGGUUAAAGAUGGCGAAUGCAUAGUUUUUCUUGUGUUGUGAGAUGAAUUCCAGCCAUUUUUUCUUAAUUGUCGGGUUUCCAACUGAAAACUAAUUUACCCACAUCACGAAUUUAACUCAAACAACUUCAUUUUUACUGCACUGAAACUUUGGUGAGAAGAUUGAGUUUCAAAACUCAAUUCAAGAUUCAGUUUUUGGGGCCGUUUAACAGCCCUAAAAAAUCCCUGAAAAAACCCCUGGUUAGACAGAGUAAAAUACUAAAGUAGGGUGCAUCAGGGUGCAAUGCGACCCAAUGGGUUAACUAGACACAUGGGCAGAUAGGCCAGUGUUACCAUUAAGCGCCAGCGCUCUCCCCUUGAUGAGUAAAAUCAUCUGGCGUUAGACAGAGUAAAAUACUAAAGUAGGGUGCAUCAGGGUGCAAUGCGACUCAAUGGGUUAAAAUUAUAUUUACUUGCCUAACUUGAUUGUAUGUGAUCGUUAUUUAUUUCUGGGUGACUUUACACUCUAUGCUUGUGACUGUCAUAGGUCAUAGAAAUAAAACAGAGGCUAAAGAUUCCCGUUCUGAAAACGGCGAUACGAAUACUUCAACUCGAAAAAUAUCCCCUUUAAUUUGCAUGUGUAUACUAUAGAAUAAACAGAAUAAACACCCAUCUUCGAACAUACAAUGCAAUUUUAACAUGUCCUAUAAUUUUUGGAAUGGAUUUUAAUUUUUAAGAAAAUGUUUUGAAACCAAAUUCUAUGGAACUUUGAAAGCCUGAUGAUUACUACCGUGUCUGCUUGGCGAGCUAACCUCGUUUACCAUAAUUUGGAUUGUCAGGGGCGAAUAUGCAAAUACCAAAGACCUAUUUCCGCCAACAGCCAGCCAAUCAACACUGUGAUAGCGACUGUUUACAAUAUUUGUAAUCUGAUAUAAUUGUAAUUUGCAAAACUCUUUCAAUCAUAUGGUAUACGAUCGAAAGAGUAUUAGAGACCAUAUCAACUCCGUUAUGCGUAUCAGUUCUGCUCAUACAAAGGGGGACCCACAGAUAUAAACAUUGCCCGAAUUUUGCAUCUUUCGAGCUUUUGUGAAUUGAAAUGUACUCUAGUUUAUAUUCAUUUACAAUAGCGAACCUGAACACAUGGGCGGAUUUACUUGGGGGUUAGGGGGGUUAAACCACUCCUAGAAUCUCUAACCCCUCUAAUAAAGUGGUCAACCCCACCAAAAUUUUGCUUCACCCCUCCUAUUUUGUGUGAAAGGCUUUAACCCAAUUGCCAAACCGUUGCUGAAGCUCAGUGAGGUGUGUCGCUUGUACCCCACCAGAAAAUUUUCUACCCCUCCUUCUAAAUAAAUGAAAAUCCACCCUUGCCUGAAAAGUGUUAGAUAUUCAGUUAGUACAGUAUGUCUUAUAUUACAAAUAUAGCAGUUCAAAAUGUAAUUUACAUUAUGGACUUGACAUGGUACAGUAUUUGGGGUAUAAACCCCCGCUGUUAAGGGAAAUGGCAUAAAUCCUGAAUGUAUUGAAAUAUGUGUAUGAAAUGGCUACUAACUACUGUAGAUGUUAUUCUUGCUGUGGGGGGUUGCUAAAAUAGCCUUGAAGGCAUGUCCCUUCCCACUGAGAACCACAUAUAGGUUAGUACUGUAAACAGAUUAUUUUAUCAACAAUACUGUACACCAUAAGUACUGUACAUUGUAAUUUCUUUACUCUUUCCAGUGAAAAUGGCAGACCACACUGAUUCAACAGAGGGAAGCUCACCUCCUAAACGUAAGGAUAUUUAACAGUUAUUCUACGAACUCGAGUCGAAUAUGAGCUGAUAGCCGAUGAGGCGCGUAGCGCCGAAUCGGCUAUCGCUCAUAUUCGACGAGAGUGAGUGGAAUAACUGUUUUAUUAUAUACACUAGGUCUGAAUUCACAGACUUUGCUUUUCGGAUAUUUUCAAUAUUUUUCUAUUUUGUUUAUGUUUUUAUCUUCGCUCUUUCGGCCGAUUAUUUUUCCAAAAUAUAUCUUUUUAACCAUUUUAAAUUUUAAAAAUUUAUUUCCUAACCUGUAAACAAUUUGUGGGAGUUUUUUCAUUGUGUUUUUAAUCCUGAAAGGGCUAUAAAAAGCGAACAACUUGCCGUUUUCCCGUUCGCAAAACAUCAGAAAUUCAAUUUUAGCCGCCAUUUUGUUUUUCUCUACUAGCAGGAUAUGAGCUAAUAUCCUGCUAGUAGAGAACCAAUCAGAUUGCAGAAUACCUCAUAUCCAGACCUUGUGUAUAUAAUAAAUAAUAUUAUUCUACCAGCCCCUGAAUAAUAUAUCAACAUGUUAAAAUUUUGUCAAGGUGGUUCAAUUAAUAUGUUGGAGAUUUUGUUUUUUCUUUUGGAGUUGAUUAUGCCAAAUCUUGGCCAUCUGCCCACUCCUUGAAGAGGCGUGUAAAGACAAGACCAUGAUUUACAUAUAUCUUGAAGAGAAAGCUAGUAUUGAUUAAACUCUUUAUCUAAGUAUAAAUAACUUGAAAUGUAUUUAGCCCUCAAGCCUCUAUUUAGUCCCCCUCCCCGUAAUCCCCGCCAGUCAUAUGAUCUACUGGUAAUUCAACAAAAACAGUCUUACUAAUGUUCUUGUAUUUACUGUACUAUAGAAGACAGUAUUGUUGCAAGUAUGAUGCAAAAUCCACAGGUUUUGGCUGCCCUUCAGGUGAACAUUUUCAAACAUUUCUAUCAUUAACUAUCAAUAAAUAUUUAAAGCAUUUGUUUGUAUUGGUACUAGUAUAUGGUUUUGAGUGCAAUUUGAAAGAAAAAAUAUGCUGUACAAGACAGUUCUUCCAAUCAAAAUUGCACAAGUGCGAAGGACAAGUGCAAUUUAUGUCUUCGAAAAACUCACAUGUGUUUACAAUGACAAGAAACCAUACCAUAUGUAUGGCUAGUAGGAUGUUCUUUUUUUAUAAUGACCAAUAACAAGGCUUAAAUUUUUAAUUUAAUUCAAUUCAACGUUUUGGAGAUUAACUCCACCAUCAGGUAAAAAAUUAUUGGUCAUUAUAAAAAAACAAAAAGAAUAUAUUAUUAAAGUUUGAUAGUAAAUAUACUGAAGGUAAUAGGAUGGUUUCAAGUGUUUUCAUGCAAUUUGGUUAACCCUGAAACAUGUACAAGUGAACUUUUCAGAAAUGAAAAUUUACAUUGUUAUAUUUGCGAGGCCCACCAAGCGUGUAACCUCGGUUGCUUGUCACUUAUUUUGUAGCUGCUUUGUUGCUUGUUUUAUUGUAAUAAAUCUCGGUGUCACUUUUGACCCAUAACACAAAUCACAAUUUGUCGCUUUUUCCCAGUCAGAAGCUGUCGUUUGUCGCUCUUUUUAGAUAGUCUGUCGCCUCUUUUUAAGGAAUGUCUCCUGUCGGUCAUAACCCCUUGGUGGGCCUCAUGUAGCUGCAGCCAUGUUGAUUUUCCUGCCUCAUCUCCAGCGUCUUCUCUUGUUUUAUGUUACUGUAGUUUGCACUGUGGAAAUUGCACCGCAUUGCAAUAUUUUUUUUAAUUUGCACUGUAAUCAGCAUUGAAUACAUUUUUCAUGUACUGUAUAUUAUUAAUUUCUUUAUACAACCUAAAAAGUUGUCUCUAUAUGCCAUCUGUGUGACUUUUACUUUUCGUUUCAAAAACAGGAACAGUUGGGAAGAGUUAUUGGGACUUCAUCAGGAUAUAUUGAAAGGUAGUCUACAGUAUGUGCAAUGUCUUGUUUGUAAUUUGACUGUGCUUAGACAACUUUUGAAGACAACACAAUAGCCCGGCAGAUUCAAUACUGCACGAGUGACAUUUACCCUCAGUGUAAACGAUAUAAAUGCAUAUAUUGAAGCCUAAAUUGUUAUUAUUAAUUGUUAGUGUCUACUGUGAGGCCAAAACAUAUGAAAAUUUUAUUUAGGUUUCCCCCUAGGCGUAAAAAAACAAAACUUGUGGUUCCGGUUCCCGACCGACCCUAUUUUUUUCUGCCGACCCUAUUAUCUUUUCAACGCGAUUGACCGUGCGACCCUAUUUUCUCCAGGUGGUUGCGUGCUGCUCAUACAGCGUGCCAAAAUGGCGUCUGUGGUCACACUAAUUAUUGAACCAAAUUGCCUAAAUUCGUCCAUAGGAAAUACGCAUCUCUAGUUAAUAUUGAUGUCGGGACAAUACUGCAAAUCGCCCAGCAAAAAACUCCGCCAAAACCAUGAAAAAAUAUUCAAAAAAAAAUUUAUUUCCGACCUACCGAUCCUAAUUUUUUCACGAUAUGAAACCGGAACCACAGGCACAGGUAUUUUUUUUUACGCCCAAUCAUUUUUAAGUCUAGCGUCAAAUACAGGAAGUUGCUGGAAAGUGGUCAAAUGUUUGAAAAUGAAUUGGUUCAUAUGAACAAAUAGUUAAUUUGUAUAUUUUGUGAACACUUCAAUUGCCAGGACUGUAAAGAGAGUUUUUUGUUUUUAGCUUACCCAAAGCAGUUCAAAGAAGAAUAAAAGCAUUGAAGAAUGUCCAGGUAAUGUAAAACUAACUUUAAUCUGUAUCGCAUCUGUUGUGCAUUUGAAUACAGAGUGAGGAUGAACUAAUGUGUGUUCUACACCGUUUUGUGUGGACUGCGCAUUAAUCUCAAAUGUUUCGUCCAACGUUUGAGGUAAUGUUUUCAUAAUUCAACGAAUUGAUUGAAUUUAUGCAAAUCGAAAUAAACAUGGCCGUUGAGGGAGUAAAUACAUAUCGACUUCAAAGGAAAUCGUUUCAGUUUCAUGAAGAUGAUAAUUGUGAAGUUCAUUAGAAUACAUGCAGUUUAUAAAUAGCUGAUGCGAUAAUUUGAUUGUUUUUAAUAUUAAAUCGCUAACACUUUGCGCCGCAAUUUGUGUGCCGAAAGUGUAAAGAGAGUUUGAAGUCGUGGAUACUAGCAGAACACGAAAAAUUAAGACAAUGCCGCGAGAUCUCAUUUAAUGUUGAAAAUUAAAAAACGCGCAAAAUUAAGGCAAUGGCGAGCUCACAUUUAAUUUUGAACGUGUAUCAUAAACUUAACACACAGAACCGACAUCAUACGCACAAAGCCUCUUGCAGGUUUAUUAGAUUUUGUAUCAAUUAUGGUUUAUAUGAUAUCUGCUAAGAUUUGCAUAAAUUUUGUCAAAUUUGAUGGAAAUGAUUGGAAAAGUGAUUUGAGAUUAUUGCAUCCUGAUAUCAUGUUGUCUAUUCUGAUAUAGGUGUCUUGUAUGAACCUCGAAGCAGAAUUCUACAGAGACGUUCAUGCUUUAGAGUGUAAAUAUGCAGAGAAAUUUAAAGCACUUUAUGAAAAGGUUGGAUUUCCUUCACUUGUUUACAUUUUUACAGUAAAGUGCAGCGAAUACUAUCAACGAAAAGCAGCUUGCAAUAAAGAUGUACCGAAUUGUUUACAUGCCAGUACGUUUUUCGAUUUGAAUUAACGCACAGUAUAGACCCUUAAUGAUAUGUCCGAAGCCGAAAGAACAAUUUUUCGCAAGUGAUUGGCUCGCUAAUGCAAGUGAUUGGCUCGUCAAUGCAAGUGAUUGGCUCGCCAGCGACUUCCAUUGCAAAUUGUUGCUACCUAUCAUUGACUAUCAUUGAUUCAGUGGUGCCUAAAUUACUUUGAAUUUGUACUCGAGUAAAAGUAGAAGUAAUUAACAACAAAACGAGUAAAACGACUUGAGUAAGAGUUAAAAGUACUGGAAGCAAAACGUACUUACUGUAAGUUUUCACGGCAUGGUCUACUUUCCAGACCCCGUUGAAGAUAUAAGAAAUCCAUUAAAUAAUUAAUACUUAGGCAAAAAAAAUAUGUGGGUUUCCGGUUUCCCGACCCUACCUAGCUUUUGGACGUCGAAAUCCCGACCCUAAACUUUUUUAUUGGAUCAUGCUUGUAAGUGUUUCCACUUAGAGGAAAAAGUUUGUGGAAAAUUGAAAUUUGAGGCAAUAUUAGGGAAUUUUAUCUUUGGAUGUGGAAGCACGGACUAAACAAAAUGGCGUCCGCUUGUUCGGAAAAUUAAAAAAAAAGUUUAAAAAAAAGUUAAAACCGAACCUACCCUACCUAAGUUUUUAUGAGAAGAAACCGGAAACCCACAUUUUUUUGGCGUUACAUAAGUAAGUCAUAAACGAGAGAUCCCAGACGCAUGUAGAGGUCGUAUUACCUAUCCCGAAAUUGAAAUAAAUCAGAAAUAAAUCACGUAAAAUUAAACAAAAGUUGGAAAGUAACGAAAUACUUCGCCACAAAAUGAAAAUAACGAAGUAAAACGUUACUUCUUAAAACGACUUCGUUCCAAGUAAAAGUACUCCAGAAAACGUUUACUUUGUCACAUGCUGACUUCUCAAAAGUUGUACUCAAGUACAGUAACGAAGUACGUUUACUUCGUUACUUGACACCACUGCAUUGAUUAUAUAUACAUUGGGGACAUAGAUAGUGCAUGAGCAUAUACUGUGUAAUGUUCGUAUGCUCAGCAUGUGGUUGGCAGUUGCGGUAAUUAUGUACUGCAUGGAGUUAAGGAAACAUGGGGCAACACUACCUGCAUAUCUAAAGCCUAUAGUACUGUAGCUUCCAAUACCAAAUGUGCACUUUAAAACCUAUUAUAGUUGUAUUAAAAAUUCAGAAGUUACAAGCCGACUGCAGUAAUCAUGUGAUAUCAUGCAGUGUAGAUGGCUAUCAGGACCUGGAGUUACUUGGUAAAGACUUGAAAAUUUCUUGGCUAUAUACACAUUCAGUAAAUAAAAUCUGGAGGCUUGUCUUUGUCAACAGUCGUUUGCAAGGCAAAAAGAUUUUUUGUUGAAUUAAUAUAUCUGCCGUGUAUUUAUAUUGCAAGAUUUCUUAGACGUCUCUAUAUACGAAUUAAAUGUCAGAUUGUGUUAAGUGCAUCUACAGUGCAAAGUAUACUAGGCCAAAACGUUUCCCGACCCUACCCCUAUAGCUUUCGGCCACAGAAAUCACCGAACCUAAUCUUUUUUUUUUAAGUUUGCGUAAGCCGAGUAAUAUAAUAAUAUAUUAAGCUAAGUACUUAAACGGAGGAUUGUACUGCUCUUCAGCGUGAUUUAACUUCAGUAUAUAUUUAAAUGGCCUAACGAUUGGGGACUAUCAUUUAACUGCAAAAAAUGCGAAGUUACUGUAUAAGAAUACCUAGAAAGCUACUCAGUAUAUGUUGGAACCCACCACCGUUAAUCCCCACACCAUUGAUGACCAUCCAGUUGCUUCAGUCUCCUCGUCAAAAGAUCUCCGGGUUAUAUAGUUAAUAAUAAGCUUAUUUCUUCGCCAUAUUUCUUCUGGUGUUGGAAAAUCCAACAAGACUCUCGGCUUUCUACAUCGGCAAUUCGUACAUUGGACUUACUCACAGAGGAUUACCGUAUUUCCCCCUGGUGCGCUCCCACCUAAGUUACUUCCGAAAUCUGGGCUCCUCAGACACGCAAAUCCGACAUGAAAUUACUGGAGAGUGUCCAGAGGCAAGCUACGUGAUUCAUUCUUAAUUGUAUAGCAAAGAUCCUAACGUCCGACCCAAAUUCAAGUCUCGCUUGAUUGAUUUAAAUCUGCUUCCUAUUACUGGCUGGAGUGUCGUGCUAUAUGCUUAAUGUACACAUAUAUAAACGAUUCAAUGUACAGCUCGAAGAAUACAUCCAAAUCUCCAGUGGCGGAACCAGGACCUCUUUAUACUGACAGUUUGAACCUGUACCCACUGGUACCCAAGGGUGGGUUGUAGCGAAGUAGUUGUAGUUCGCUACUGUAGCGAACUAUAAUUUUCAAGUGGCCAGUAGUUUUUGACUACUUUUUUAAAACAGUAGCUGUAGUUAUAGCGAACUACAUUUUGCCUAAAAGUAGCCAAGUAGUUGACUACUUUUCAAACAGCGAAUCGCUAUUCGCUACUUUCUAAAAUUGUUAGCAACUUGAUAGAAUAGAAUGAUAUUGAGACACGGUUUGCUUAAAAUCAAUACUCAUAGUCAAUACUGUCAAUUUUCAUUCUUGAACACUGUAGUGCUUACAAAAAUGUUGCUUUGUGUCUACUGUUGCUACUCGUAAGUCGAUUUGUUAUAGGUUACAUUUCAGCCUGAGUUAGUAGAUGCUCCAAAUACAGUAAAACUAAAAAAUAUAGCGUAGCGAAAUAGCGAAUAGUUCGCUACAUUUUUUAAGCAGUAGCUGUAGUCAGUAGCGAACUACCUUUGUUGAAAAGUAGCAGUAGUUGUAGCUGACUACAUAUUUUUGAAGUAGCUGUAGUUAUAGCGAACUACAAAAAUUUUGUAGUCAACCCACCCUUGCUGGUACCGUACUUCACUUCAAUCGUAUAUUGGGCAACAAUUUACUUCUUGAAAUCUGUAAAUCAUCUACUUUCAGUUCCUUUAAAACUCUAUUGUACAAAUGUUAUUUCAAUAAACUAAGUAACAUUUUUUUAUACGGGCAGACUAAGUACCUGGAAGACAAUAUGUGUCCUUAUUGUAGAUCUAUUGACAUUCCUGCUGUUAAAACUUGCAGAAACAAGCAGCGAGGGGUGUAUUUCAUCUCUUGAUUAGUAGGAUACCUUAUCUUCUAUAACAUCUUAUAAACCAGUUCUUAUAUAUUUAAACUUAUUUACCUUCUACUUUCAGUAGUUGCGCGAUCAGGUCAGAAAUGGCUACACUUAAUUAACAAAUCAGUUUCAUGUCACACGAGCAUUUAUCAAAACAUAGAUUACAGAACGAAAACCUGUCCUGCCCUAUAGGGCAGGAAAACCUGUCCUGCCCUAUAUUUCUCGUUCUCGUUGUUCAGGAAAACCUGUCCUGCCCUAUAUUUCUCGUUCUCGUUGUUCAUAUAUUACAUAAAAAUUUGUAAGAAAACUUUGAAAUUUCACACACAAUGCAAUGCAAUAUUUCCAUUUCGAGGUAAUGUUCUUAAUUUAUUCUUGAUUGUAAACCGGUGUUGUUUUUCAGCGCGAUUCGGUAGUCAAUGGUGAAUAUGAACCAACAGAAGAAGAAUGUGAGUGGGAAAGUGACGAGGAGGACGGUGAUGAAAAAGAUGAAAACUCGGAACAAAAAUUGUCGGUAAGAAUAUUUCAUAAUAUUCUAUUCUCAACAAGUUUUACUUAAUGUGAUUGAACUGCGCAAUUUUAAUGCGCAUCUCUAAUGGCAAAUUCUAGCUAAUAUAUCUAGUCGAACUGCAAUGUAAAGUGAUAAAGAAAGAGUAAGGGCAAAGAAAAAAACACUCUGCAUUGAUUAGGCUUGCUUCAGGAAAUAUAGCUUCAAAAAUGACAGAACUCUGGCUAGGGCUCCCUGUGCAACUAGCACUAAACCACAUAGUGUUGCAUGUUUAACUCUUGUAUCUCUUUAAGAAUGUCCGUGCUCGUACUUUUUAUUUUAUAAGUUGAGAAAAAUAAUUUCUACAACUUUACAUUUUUCGUGCAUGCUUUCCGAAAUAACAUGUCUGAGAAGAUGGGAAAAUAUAUUUUUGCAGCACAACAAUGCACGUCAACGGUUUUUGAUUCGCGAAAAUACCAUGUUUCCUUGUGUAUAUAAAAAAAAUUCAAUAACGGUUGAGAAAUUGCGAUUGUUCCAGUAACUCGUAAAAUGGUCAAGAUGGCGCCUUAUAGGGGAAAAGGUAGCGUGUUGCACUUGUCAUAUCUUCGAAACGAGUUCGGUGACCCUAUAGCUUUUUUCUGUUUUUACUGUGAGCAUGGCAUAAACUUCACCCCUCAGAAGUUUCAGCAAAUUCUUAUUCCACAACAAUUACUGAUGAAUCACCUUAACGUGGCUGCAAAUGUUUGGUGAACAUGGGGCGACGCUCGGGGUCUGACUAUAAAUAGCGAUAUUUCUUAGCAUAUCGCUCGAUAGAACUAACAGUUGAAGAAUUUAUAGAUGGAAAUUUUGAGUGAAUUUAUGGCGAAGAUUAUAUACAGUUGUAGCGCUAACCAUGAGUACAGUUGCAAAAAUGCAACUAUAGGCCCUCUGGUAGGUUUUCGAACCUGCGACCCUGCGAUUCCGGUGCAGCCAAAUGAGCUACAGAGACCAGUUGUCGAGCUCUAACCACAAGUUCGAGUUGUAUAUAUAAAUUAGUGUUUCUUGUUGCGUAUUUUAUAUACAAAGUGUGCUUAAUACUGUAAAAAGAGCAUCUUUUUUAUGUUUAAACUAUUCAAAGAUUCAUUGUUGCAUGUACUCUGAGUUUCAUACACAUAUGCAAUCUACAGGGGGCGGUUGUAUAAGGCUCUUAACUACUUUUUAACUGUCUACUGUUUAACAUCACAAGGCAGUACGUAAGUGAAAAAAAUCCACAUGUGAGAUUGUCUUGUAUACAUUUUUGCUUUCUUUGAUAAACAUUAUUAAACACGCAAAUUUUAAUUAGUGAGACGCAAUGUUAAAUGUCACCUGCAUGUCAUUGUCAUUGCCCUUUAACCCCUGGUCUAAUUGGCCGCUUUUGAAAAUGUUGAUCAUGACGAACCGCACUGCCUUAAUUAUGCAAACUUUGUGUUUUAAAAACGGGUUAGGAGAAAACGCGGAUACGGACGGACGGAUGAAUGACGGACGGACGGACGGACGGCGACGGACGGACCGGACGGAUGACAUAUAUAUGUCAUUAUAUAGCCUGCGCGCAGCCGCUCAGGGUAGUUAGUGGCUUACGUCUUCGCUGGUUGUUAUACUUUAAAAUAAUCUUGUAUAUACUGAUAAAUCAAUAUGCCGAGUAUAUAAAUAUAUAAACUGGGAUGUCACACUGAUAGCUUAUUUACAUUUCCUGGAGCAUCAUGAAAUCUUAUGUUUAACCACGGUGGUUUAACCCAUUAGCUGGCAAUGCGUCCUUCCCUUGUCCAACGCCAGAAGAUUUUACUCAUCAGUGGUAUAGGGUACUGCCAGUAAAUGGGUUAACAAACCUAUCUGCCAAUGGCUCUUGUUAAUUCAUCAACACAGUAAUGGCCCCUACUUUAGUAUUAACCCUGUCCAACGCCAGACGAUUUUUAAUACUCAGUCAGUGGUAGGGUACUGUCAAUAAAUGGGUUAACAAGGAUAUUACAACAAUAAUAGGAUGUUUCUGAAGGACUCUUUCAACACCCUGUAGUUUGUCUUUUUCUGUCAAAGGCAGCAUUACUGCCCUGUGGGUAACCUAGUAUAACACUAUAGUGACUUUGAAAACGUUUCGCGAAGCGUUUGUGGUUGAAUUUUACCUUAAAUUGAGGUUUAUAUUACGUAUAAUAACAUGCCUAACAUAUAUAUGUUGGGAAAUUAAUAAUUUUGUAACUAAAAGUGAGAUUUUUAGGCGAUUUUUCAUUUGUAAGAAUAUUCUUAAAAAAUUAUCAUGUUACCAUGACAACUACUUUACAUACUUCAUGUUCGGAAAAUACAAUGGUUUUGUCAGCAAGGCGAGGGUUUCUGCAUGCAUGUAUUUUCUAGUAUUAGUAUAUACAUAAAGCCUGUUUUUCAAAUGUCAUUUUCGAUCUUUUUAAGCAGAACGAGCUCAAAGACAAAGCAUCGUUGGAUGAAAAUAAAGUCGAUACAGAAACUCUUCCAGGUAAAUUAUCAACACGCAGUUGAUGCGUAUCUCCUUGCCACACGCAACGCACAUUGUGCAGCGAAAUCUACCGCCAUUUCAUGUUCACAAACUUUGAAGGAUUAGGGAAACAAAUGAAAAUGGUAUAGAUAUAAUGGUUGAGGGAAAUUAUAUGUAAAAGUUUUAAACAGUAUACUUCGUUCGAGUUUUAAAAUUUAAGCAAGUUGCAUCUCGUGCAGCCUGCAGUAAAGCAAUAAAUUGUCUGAACUUUGAAUCCGCUACUGUUUCGCCAGUAUAGGUUUGAACGCUUUAUUCAGUUUUUACUUUAUGAUUUUAGAGGAUGUCCGUGGCAUUCCAGAAUUUUGGUUAACUGCGAUGAAGAACGUUGAUCAUAUUGCUGACAUGAUUCAGGUACACAAAUACUGAGUGUGCACUUACAUGUAUAUAUAUGUACAGGGAGGGUAUAUCAAAAAAGGUAAAUGUUUCGACUGGGCAUGUUAUCAUGCGUUAGGUUUUAAAUUUAUAAACUUAAACCUAACAAACGCCUGAUAACCUGCCAAGUCACUUUUUCAUACCUGUACCGGCAACCACCUUUGCCAUCAAGCAGGGGUUUUUGCGAGAUGUGCACCUCUGGCCCUUGUCAGAGAGGCCGCAUGAGGUGCUAUUUUUCGUGAGAUACAGUAAUUUGAGUGAAACAUGAUAAGCGAACUGUGAACAACAAUUACAAUUCAAAUACAGUAGUUGAUGGGCGGGCGGCGCACAUCGCUCAAAAACUUUCGGAAGUUUUCGGAAACACGUGAACCAUGGAAAAAGUCAAAAACAGAUUUUUAGUUAACUAUACAAUUGAUUAUUUACUCAAAAAUUCAAAAAAAUAGUGUCACGUUCUUCUGCACUAAUACAUAUAUGUCAAAGAUUUUUUUCAGAUAUCCGGCAAAUCCGGUAUCCGGCCGGAGAGUAAAAAUCACUAUCCGGUGCACCCCUAGUCUACAGAUCAAUUCGUUGAGUGGCGGAUGCUCGACUCCUAAAGAUGCGAGUUCACAUCCUGCUCGAGUCUGAUUUUUCAGUUGAAUUGAGCAGUGCACGAAACUAUGUUUGAAGUGUAUGGCUGUUUACAUACGCUCUAUUGCAUUUUAACUUGCAAUGCCUCAUAUUACAUGCAUGUAUGUGAGUGCAGUAUACAUGUUAAACACUGUCCACUGAAUCCAUGCAGGCAGCAUCAGAAACUUGUCAAACAUAAAGUUCAUCAUCUAUAUUUAGGAACAUGAUGAACCCAUUUUGAAAAACCUGAAAAGUAUCGACCUGAAAUUUAUCGACGAAGAGAAAUCCUUGGAAGACAGCAGUGAAGAAUCCAUGGAAGGAAAUAUGGUAAGUAUUGAUUAUUGGUUAUUGAACUUAUUGGUUUUAUUUGCCAAAUUGUUAGCUAUUUACAAGAUAUUAAUCAAAUAAGAUCGGCGAGGAGACCUCAAGAAGCUUAGAGCUUGUGUAAAGAGGCCACCCCGUGAUAACCUGCCCAGUCGAAAUAUGAUAACCUGCCCAGUUCACAAAUUUCAAGAAAAUUAUUUUAGUGUAUGAAUGUAUGAUAAAGCAUAGCCUAUCGAAGGGAAUUGCUGUGAAACUCAUUGGUUUAUUCAUAAAUUUGGUCCUUCAACGUCACGUGUGUAUUGUAUUUUUGCCCAACUAACCAUGCAAUAGCAAUGUUUUAGGAAAGUUACCUAUCCGUGACUCGAACAAUAGGGAAAGUGGAGAUUGUUAUUCGUGGAUUUGGCAAAAAUACAAUACACACGUGACGGUGAAGGACCAGAUGUAUGAUAAACGUUGACUAACAUAGAUAAUGGUGAGCUUAAGCAAGUGACGUUUUUGACAACACGAACGGCAUGAGUAACGUUAAAAGCCUGGGUCAAGGGCUGUGAUUGGUGAAAAACGUCAACUUUACUUCCGGUCGACGUCCGUGUUGUCAAAAACGUCACUUGCUUAAGCUCACUAAUUAUUCUAAUGAGUUUCACAGCCAUCUUCCCUUCGAUAGGCUAUGGGCUAAACCCAAUUUCAAGGAAACCAAAGACUUUUCCAAGCCAAAUUAGAGCUGUGCGCCGGCUCCGGUAUAUUUUGCCGGGGCGGAGUUGGAAAACUCUGGCAGACAAAAUUAUGAAAAAUUAUUUCAUAUUUCAAUGAACAUUUGGUAUUAAAUAGGAAAAUUAAGUUGUUGUUUACUAGUAUAUUACUAUUUAUAUGUUGUUUUACUAUAUAUUACUAUGUUGUUUACUAUUAAUAGUGUUAAAAAUUCCUUGCCGGAGCCGGAGCUAAAAUAACCGGAGUUUGCACAGCUCUAAGCCAAAUAUAUUAAUUUAAAACCGGUCUAGUUUCUUUGGCAUUUCCCACUGUUACCAGCCCAAAACCAAAAUUCAAAAUCCUCUGCCAAUCUUUCUGCGAACUGCAGAAUUGAAAAUCCUUUGUUGGAAACCAAAAUAUUUUGUUGGAACGACGUUCCCAGGAUCCACUAUAUCCAGGUCUGGUGGUUAAUGUCGCUUCCAAGAAGGGGCAUGUGUUAAAUAUUUUCCAAUGUGAGCUCUAGUGGUAGAGAAAUGAAAACAAAACAAAUCGCGUUUGUCGUCUAAUCACAUCGCCAAUACCAUCUCCGAUUUUUUUCAAUCCGGAAAUAUAGUUACCCAAGUAUCAUGCUAUGCACGGCUCUUUCGUUGAUUCGAUUAUCACUAAGUUUAUGGGCUAGUUUGGUAUUGUUUUAAAGAUGUAUUAGAUGUGAGAGGCGAGCUAUACGUUUUAAAUGUUGGAAUUUCGUUCAAACAUUGUUCAUUUCUUUUAGGGUUUCAUUCUAGAGUUUCAUUUCACUCCCAAUGCGUAUUUUAAUAAUUCCGUAAGUAUAAAACCCUAAAGCAUGUAAUGUUACAUUAAUUUAACUACAUGAAAAUAUUUCGUAUUGCAGAACUCUCUCUAAGCAGCAUUUUAACCUUUAACUGUCAGAAACUGUAAUGCAUAGUUAAUAUAAUGAAAGGGUUUGGAAGGCCGGAAAACUUCAAAGCAACACGUGACCUAUCAACACAAACUCGCAAUCUCGUACCCAGAGUAUGCCCGUUCGCAGGUUAGGUGCUGGUCAUGCGAACGGGCAUACUCUGGGUACGAGAUUGAUAAACUCGAAGAGACGCAUCACGUGACAGUCGAGGUGCAUAACAUGGCGAUUUCAUAGUAUAAUCUAUAUUAAUUCUAUAACAAUUGGGUUUUUUUCGAUGGUUUUACAACGUUUUGAUAAAUGUAAAGACUUUAUCCUACUUUGCCUAUGCAAAAGGCAACGUUUGAGACCUUUUUAUGUUCCAUUGGCCAAUCUGCUUCCGCUUUACACCGUAAAAAUCACCAAUAAUGUAUAAAGUUCGUAGCUAGAUAUAUCACAUACAUUUAUAUUAAUAGGCAUUUGUAGCUUUCAAAAAAUUCUGCUUACUAGUAAAUUUUAUACAGAAUACAUCCACCGCUUUAAAGUUUUCGGCUAAGGUAAUAUUUUACCGAGUAUUCUCACGGAAACUUGUGUUUAUUCAAAUUUAUACGACUAUGAAUGUUUGAAACAGCCAAAAUAUAUAUACUUCCCUUGUGGUCGUUUGAGCACUCUGCCCCAUUACGCUCUGCGCAUGUCUGGAUGCGUUGAUUCACCGUGUUGUACCACAUGCCUUGGUGAGAGCAAGUUCAUGGGGUAUAAAUACGAUUGUCUCACGUAUCUAGACGUGUACCAAGCUGCACUGACGAGGCGUUGAACGCCGAAACAUGCAUGUCUGCAGAUUGUACUAUUACGCUCCUUCACUUCGGUGUUGUUGAGCACUCUGCGGAGUUGUUAAUGGGUGUCUAUUAGCGAUAAUGCAAAGCUCACUUCCCUUGUGGUCGUUUGAGCACUCUGCCCCAUUACGCUCUGCGCAUGUCUGGAUGAUGUUGAUUCACCGUGUUGUAACACAUGCCUUGCGUUCAUGGGGUAUAAAUACGAGUGUCUCACGUAUCUAGACGUGUACCAAGCUGCACUGACGAGGCGUUGAACGCCGAAACAUGUAUGUCUGCAGAUUGUACUAUAUAUAUAUAUAUAUAUAUAUAUAUAUAUAUAUAUAUAUAUAUAUAUAUAUAUAUAUAUAUAUAUAUAUAUAUAUAUAUACAUAUACAUAUACAGAGCACUAUAUAUAUAUAUGCAUACAGAGCACUAUUGUUUUCGACUCUAAAGGUCCUGACCUUAAACACCGCACUGAUAUGUAAAUGUAGCAUCUUAGAUAAUAAUGCUUUAAUACAACACUCAUAUUCUUCUUUCCUAAAAUGCCUCUCACAGAUCGACAUACAGGUUUCCGCUAUUGAUUUGUCGACGCAAACUUUCGUCCACAGAGCAGUCCUUCGUGAUAACACUUAUCCAAGCUUCGCGGGACAGACGCGGGUUUUCUUCGAUAAUUCAUCUCUUUCUGCAGGAAUUUUAAAAAUUCCUACUCCAACGUGCUUUCGACUUGUCGCGCAACCAAAUAUGGAUGAUUUUGUGUUCCCCUUAGCUUAAUCUAUACGAUUUUACUACGUUAUUUUGUCACGUGACCGGGCCUUCCGAACCCUGUCAUUAUAUUAACUAUGUGUAAUGUAAAAAGAAUUUUUUAUUUUUUUUUUUUAAUCUGAAUAUGGACUUACACUCCAAAUCUUUUAAUUUAAUAAAAUGAGUAUUAGCUAGGCCUGUGGUCUGAUUUUGCUUGAAAAUAUUUUUCGAUGUUUCCUUUACCUUGUCCAACAGAUUUAAUGAUUUGUGUCUGUUAUCUUGUAUUAGGUAUUAACAAAAACAUACAAAUUAUCUUGUGAAGUUGACAAGGAUACUCCAUUUGCGUUUGAAGGACCAGAAAUAACCACCACAGCAGGGUAAGGUUAUAUCUACCGCUAUAUAUAGUCGCCAUUGUAGAGGGUUUCCACAAAAGAUCUCCCCCCCCCAAAAAUAUCUCCCCAAAUAUCUCCCCAACUAUAUUUUGUAGUAUGAAUUCUUUAGCUCUCAAUGUAAGUUUCAGGUUUUUAUAUCGACUUUCAUAUCGUGACAUUAUCAACAGUAUAUUGACAUUUAUAAUAUAGUCAUUCACCGUAUAUGAGCUGUUCUGCAAUCUGAUUGGUUGAAUUACUCGCCGUAUAUCAGUUCAUAUACGGCGAGUAGCGAAAAACAAGAUGACUACAUGAGUUUUGCGAAGCAGAAAAAAGGAAAAUAUUCGCUUUGAG